AUCGUGAACGAAACCGCCGACCUGGUUUGCGCCUAUAAGCCCAAUCUGGCAUUUUAUGAGGCAUUGGGCCUGCCCGGAUUCCGGGCGCUGGAAUCUACCAUCGGACACAUCCGGAAGGUUGCGCCGCGCUGCGUGAUAAUUGGUGAUUGCAAGCGCGGCGACAUGGACUCUUCGGCGAAAGCGUACGUUAAAGCCAUGUUUGAUGUUUGGGGAUUCGACGCCGCUACCAUCAACCCCUGGGGCGGCAGCGAUUCGAUCGAACCGUGGCUCGGCGCACCGGAUCGCGGUGUUUUCAUCUGGUGUCGAGGCUCAAAUCCGGGAUCAGCCGACCUGCAGGACCUUGCGGUGGGCGCCGAUGGACAGGGUACAGAGCCGUUGUUUCUGCGGCUGGCCCGCCGGUCUAACCAAUGGUCUGCGAAGGGAAAUGUCGGGUUGGUGGUGGGCGCCACGGUUCCCGAACAACUGGCAGCGGUGAGGGAAGUUUGUCCAGACCUGCCGUUGCUGAUCCCCGGCGUCGGCGCGCAGGGCGGCGACCUGGAGUCAGCCGUGGUGCGUGGCGUGGACGCCGCGGGUCGGUUGGCGAUCAUCAACUCAUCCCGAGGAAUUAUUUACGCUUCGCGGGGCGAAGAUUUUGCCAGCGCGGCGCGUGUUGCGGCUUCCAAUCUGCGGAACAAUAUCAACGGGAUACUGCAGGCGGCGGGGUUGGGAUGGGGCUAG